CAGUGAGUAGGAAGUACAUUUUAAUUUGAAUUAGGAUGCAAGAACUAUUUCUGAGUAUGGUGUUACAGUCACAUGACCUACUAGAGUCGGUCGUGUUACUUAAAAGCCAUUCAUAAAUCUGCUCCGGUCUCAUGGAACAGUAAGUGUCUAUCGAAUGCACAAUUCAGAAUCUUGCUGGAAGUGGACGUUAAUCCAGGUACUUUUUGCCUACUUUCUUUCAAAUAUGAAAUUUCAUGCUUCUUUAUUAUAUACCACAUGAAUAACUUGACGAGUAUGUCGGAAUUGAAAAGAAUAGGCAAAAAAUUUAUUGACAUACCUAUAGAAAGACUCUGAAGUGUCCAUAUGUUCAUUUUAGUGUCCCGUUUGUCACAUUUGAUUGUCAUUAAGCAACAUGACUUGAAUGAAGUGUUUAUUUAUACACCAUUAACCACAUUAGUUUAUAAAUUUCAAAAACGUAAUUGUGAAUUUUGGGCUUUGCAAGCAUGACGCUGUACACUGAAAUGAAAUGUGCAGUCUUUAUUUAAGUGAGAAAGCAGGUGCAGACAGAAUAUCUACUAACACCUCGUUCUGACUCAGAGAGAUUAGCACUUCUCGAACUGUAGGAGGCGCUGUGACCAUCUUAGUCCAGUAAAUCCACCGGUAAAACCACUGAAGAAGAAAAGACUGUUGGAGGCUACAGACUCGAUGUUGAGCAUGAAAGCGCAGGUGGAUGUGGUCUGCUGUAAAUCAGUAGGAACUGAUCUGUCCAUGCUGGAUAUUGAGGAUUUCAUCACAGAAAUCUGUCAGCUGAAGAAAGAGGUGGCUUCACUGGAGGCAAAGCUGAGAGAAAGAGGAGACAAACUGUACAGAGAGGAUGUGGAGCAGGUUUGGGUGCGUGAGACUGAUGGGACAGAAGCUCAGGAUUCAGUCUGGAGCGUCAGAGAUCAGAGAUCCAGAGACACACAGGACUCAGAGCUCAGCCUCACUUUACUCUGUUAUACUGACGCUCAGGAUCAUGAAUCCACUGAUCAAACCUCUGACUGUAACGCUGGAGAACAGCAGAUGCUGCAGACGCCGCUGAAGAUGUGCUCCGUCAAACUGGUGGACUGCAGGAACCUGAUCGAGAGCAGAGGAGAAGAAACCACCGCAGAGAAACAACAACAACACACUGAUGAGGAAGAGGAGGAGGAGGAGGAGGAUAAUGGGGAGGAUGAUGAUGAUUUCUUUCCUCCAGGUGAUAAAGGCUGUUCAUCUUCUGAUGGAGAGACAGACUUAACAUCAAAAGAGCAGCUGACGGUCAAGAGUUUCUCCUGCAGCACCUGUGGAAAAACACUCAGUUCAGAGGGUCAUUUAAAGAGACACGAGAGAAAACACACAGAACCGAAAAGCUUUAGCUGUAGGAGAUGCAAAAUCAGCUUUCCUACCGCAGAAGAGAGGAGAAUUCAUUCAAAAGAGCACAGCAGGAAGAAGGAGUUUCACUGUGAACAGUGCGGGGAGAUUUUUUUCAUUCAUUCUAGACUAAAAGUUCACUUAAAGACUCACGGUGAAAAGUCAUUCCACUGCAGUGAAUGUGACAAGUAUUUUAGCACCAAAGGAAGUCUUGUUGCUCAUAAGCGAAUCCACACGGGAGAAAGACCAUACAAGUGUCCUCACUGCGAGAGAAGAUUCAAUUACGGAUCUCAUCUGAAGAAACAUAUACGUUUCCACACUAAUGAGAGACCGUAUCAGUGCAGUGAAUGUGGGAAAGCAUUCACAAACUCAUUCACUCUAAAGUCACACCAGAGAAUCCAUUCUGAUGAGAAACCGUAUCAGUGCAAACACUGCGACAGACGAUUCCGUCAAAGAUCUGCUCUGAAUCUUCAUGAGAGGACACACACCGGAGAGAAACCAUAUCUGUGCGCCCACUGCGGGAAGAGCUUUUCAAAUCCAUCUCAUUUUAUAUUUCAUAAGCGAGUCCACACCGGAGAAAAACCAUAUCACUGCAGCAUCUGUGGAAAAAGUUUCAGUAAACAUAGUACAUUUAGAAACCACAAGAGGACUCAUACUGGAGAAAGACCGUUCAAAUGCUCACAGUGUGAAAAGACGUUUGCUCGAUCAGACGUCCUUAAGGUCCAUCAGCGAGUUCAUACAGGAGAGAAACCUUACUCAUGCUCCAUCUGCGGCGAGAGAUUCGCUUAUUUAGGUAGUUUUCAGACCCACCAGAACAAACACGCUAAAGAACAAACUGCUCCAGAAUCAUCAGAGUGACUUUCAUCAGUCAAUCUGGGAAAGAAAUCUUGUUUGGCUCGUCCUAAAAGUCUUCAUUGAGUUCUUACUGCCAGUAGGUGGCAGUGAACUUUUUAAUGUGGUGGACUGAUCCAAGUGCUGUAUAUAAUGUAAUGUUUGACUGAGUAGAGCAAUGAUUUUCUGUUAAACAAGACAGAACUAUUAAAAAUCAUCAUCAAAAAAAAAA